AUGUAUCCAGUAUAUGCAGCUUUGAGACAGCAAAGUGCAUAUGUGAGGGACGUCCGCAUACUAUUCCAGUCCGACAACAGGACUCUGAUACCAUACAUCAGGAACGACGGGGGCACCCUCUCCAGGGCCCUUCUGGGAUUAACGAGCUACCUCCUUCUCCUAGCCGAACAGUUCAAUUUGACCCUGUCGGCAGGCUACCCACCGGGGAGGUUAAAAGCUAUGGCAGACUGCCUCUCAAUGGGAAGA